UGCGAGGGCUUUCAUUACCGCUGUAUUGGAUCUAGCGUGAAGGGGGCGGAAUGGGUGUGGAAUGGUUGUGUUCUCUUUGCAAGGGAAUGCUUAGUAUUAUCCGCUGUCCGGGGAGGUCCAGGGCGAAGACAUGGCGGUUGGUACCAGCAAUCUGCUUAGUGUGUGUCAUGUAUUGGCUGAGAAGUCGCUUUGAGUUUGAGACGGAUACACGAGGAGACAAUGUCGCACCCCAAAUUUCUUCAAGCAAUGAAGUCGUGCGAUAUUUAAGCCUUAAAGACACUGAAGAUGCUGAUGUUUUGGAUAAUUUACAUCAGUACAAAUUCUCAAUUAACUCCCAAAACUGUAGGGGCAGGCUCUCUGUGGUGGCGAUAGUCCAUACUGCUAUGUACCAUGUCAAAAAGCGUCAGAAGAUUAGACAGACCCUCAGGGGAUCCUCUGAACAUGGGUCAUUAUUGACUGUUGUUUUCUUUGUGGGACAAACUAUCAAUGCGUCACUACAGGCAGAAGUUAAAAGAGAAUCGAAGGAAUAUCGAGACAUUGUACAAGGGAAUUUCAUAGAUUCUUACCACAACCUGACCCACAAGCACAUGAUGGGUUACCACUGGGUUCUCACAUAUUGUAAACAUGUGCGAUAUGUUAUCAAAAUGGACGAUGAUGUCGUUUUACAUACAAACAACGUGUUGAGGUACCUGUUGUCGAACCCUGUCCCUGAUGGAAAUAUACUGUGCUUCCUUAUCGUGCAUAGCAAAAGGCAGAAGAAAGGAAAGUGGAACAUGUCUAAGAAGGAGUACCCCUUCCAUUCGUACCCCCCAUAUUGUGGGGGGUUUGCCUACAUAACAACGCUGCCCGUUAUCAAGAUGCUAUACGACACUUCAGCUCACAUAAAGUCAAUAUGGAUUGAUGAUGCGUAUGCAACCGGGAUUUUAGCACUUGCAUCGAACACGACACUGCAAGCAUUGCCCAAAGGGACGAGAUUUUGAGUGGCUGAGUAAGCCAUCCGAAUGUUAUAAAACAGAAGGGAUGUUCUUUUUUGUAUGUUGCUUACAGGAGCAGAGCUAUGUACUGGAUGGGAACGCUUAGCGGGCGAUGUUGUUAGCACAAGGACAUGUGUGAACACUGAGUGCGUGUCGGUCUGCAGGUGAUGCUAAUUACUAAAUAAACGUUAUCUCACGAACGAGGACGUGACCAUCAUUUGAUAGUGUCGCUUUUAUACAUAGAGGUCCACAAGGGCCGUUCUGUCUCAAUUUGUACCUUAGUUUGCACUGGAUGAAAAGACGGUCACAUUAUCAUGCACUUUCCAUAGUGUAAAUCUAUUCUUGUCCUGUGGUCCUUGAAGCCUUCCUUUCGUCAAUGUUGAGUUAUGCAUAAUUUGAAGCAAGGAGGUAUUACGUCAUAGCAUCAAUAUGUUUUCCUUCGGGAUUAUGAUUUUCCUUCUUGUAAUGUUUUGACACACAAAGAAAUUUCUUGAAACAUGUUUUGAAAUUUACCCCUCGAUGGCUUUUAUUGUUUAUGUAUGUGUUUAAUGUAUUAUGAAUGUAUAAGUUGGUUCAGUCACGAUAUAACUAAAAUACUGCCGGUGUGACUUAAAAUCUAAACUCACUCACUCAUUGAGAAUGUCCGCAUUAGGUCAUUACUACUCUCGGUACCGCCAAGUUUUCAUGUAUGCAGUCUACGUUUUGUGUAUUAUCUUGUUCUGGGCUUAAUAUUUACUGGACAGCUCACACGCUGAAGAAGUAAGUAUAUGUGAAAUGAUGACGGUGAAUGAAAUCACCUAAUUGUAUAUGCUCAACAAAGGAGAACGUGAGGCUAGAACAAUGUCUGAUUGCAUUGCUAUGUAUGCUGUCUGGGUCAGUAGAUUAUUUCCAAAAGUAAUAUAGGCCAUAUGCCCAUGUCACACAUCGAGAAUUACAGAGUGAGUGAGUUUGUUAUUAUAAAGACUGUCUCAGUAACAAUCGAAAAA